CGUAUCGAGAGCAAGCAGAAGAUCCAGCUCUUGAAACAGGCACUCAAGAGAUACGAGGAGCUUCAUAUUGACGAUAUGGAGUCAGCCGACUCCCAAGAUGGUACAGUUCAUCCCGAUCCGUUAGGUGGGGCAGCUCGUUCGCUAACUUCCUACAGAUGAUAGUAUUAACAUGCCCAAUCUUCGCAAACCGCUUACUGGCCAGCUUUCGUUCAGGGUGAUACAGGUCAAAGACGUGGAUCAUGCUAGUACAGGUCGAUUUAGUAGAGGACCAGAAACAUUCGUCGCCGUCAAGGCGGAGGACGUCAUUGUGGCCAGAACCAAGGCUGCACGUAAUGAUAGAUGGCAGGAUGAAUACCACAACAUCGAUGUCAGGGAAGCAAACGAAAUCGAACUGACCGUCUAUGACAAGCCAGGCGAACAUGCCCUUCCCAUCGCCAUGCUCUGGGUACGGAUAUCUGAUAUUGUCGAGGAGAUGCGUCGUAAGAGAAUCGAAGCCGAGGUCAACAGCUCUGGAUGGGUUUCAGCCGAUAGGGUUGGCAAUUCAGGAGCGGCUCCGGGCCAGUUCCCCAUGGGCACCCAAGGACCGCAGUUCAGCCCUCCACCUGGCUCUCCUGGCAUUCAAAGUCCUCAGAAUCCUCAACAGUCGCAGCAAUUUGGCGCUCAGGCGGCGCCGUCGGCUGCUAACCAGCCUAUUGAUGCUUGGUUCACCCUGGAGCCCACUGGCCAGAUUCAUCUUCAAAUCAACUUCAACAAGAUGAACAAAGAUCGCCGGCCGGUCGAUUUGGGCCUGGGCCGAAAGGGUGCGGUUCGUCAGCGCAAAGAAGAAGUGCACGAGAUGUAUGGUCACAAGUUCGUUCAGCACCAGUUCUACAACAUUAUGCGCUGCGCGCUAUGCGGAGACUUCCUCAAGUAUUCAGCUGGUAUGCAGUGCGAAGACUGCAAGUACACAUGCCACACGAAGUGUUAUACCAGCGUGGUUACGAAGUGUAUCAGUAAAUCUAACGCAGAAACUGAUCCAGAGGAGGAAAAGAUUAACCACCGCAUCCCUCACAGAUUCCAGGCAUACUCCAACUUCACGGCGAAUUGGUGCUGCCACUGUGGUUACGUGCUGCCGUUUGGCAAGAAGAAUUGCAAGAAGUGUUCUGAAUGUAGUCUCACAGCCCACGCCCAGUGUGUGCAUCUUGUGCCUGAUUUCUGUGGAAUGAGUAUGGCAGUUGCCAACCAGAUCUUGGAAGGCAUGCGGACACAGAAGCAACGGGCUCAGAAGGGCACUUCCAUGAGUGACAGAACUCUUCGGCAGGGCAAGACCGCAUCGAUGGGGUCUGAAGGUCCGACUUCACCUUACGGCCCGAGCGUUAUGCCUAGGCACGAUUCAUACCAACCAAGCAUUGCUUCCCAGGAAGCUCAAAACGCUGCGAAGGCUAUGUACGCCAGCCAGACGUCCCCAACAAGGCCAGUCCACCCGGAUCGCACGUCCUCCCAAGCUUCGACUGUGGCAGCGGCGGCCGCCACGGCCGCAAUGAGUGGUGCUAUAGCACCUCAAGCUGGGCGUCAAAACUCCAUGCCCGACUACGGUUCGGGCCGUCCUGGUGGGUAUGGUGGAAUGGAUGCCCAGGAGGAUCCAUAUGCUCCCAGUGCGGGUUAUGGCACGUCUCAACAGCCAAAGUACAACCCAGCUGCGUAUGCGAAUGUCAACAGCUACCCGAGCCAGCCCCCAGUACAACCACAGAGUCGGCCAGUGCAGCAGCAACAAUCUCCUCCUCCGCAAUCACAGCAACAGAUCUACCAACCAAGCGCUCCCACCCCUAAACCUCAGCCUGAAGCAGUGCCAUCCCCAGCUCCUGGGGCGGGCAAGCCUCCGCUGCCGCUUGCCACCGAUCCUGGAACCGGGCAGCGUAUCGGCCUGGACCAUUUCAAUUUCUUGGCCGUACUUGGUAAAGGUAAUUUUGGCAAAGUUAUGUUAGCUGAGACGAAGAAAUCAAGGCGGUUGUAUGCCAUCAAGGUGUUGAAAAAGGAAUUCAUUAUUGAAAACGACGAAGUGGAAUCCAUCAGAUCGGAAAAGCGAGUCUUCCUUGUUGCCAACCGGGAACGACAUCCUUUCUUGACCAACUUGCAUGCCUGCUUCCAAACGGAGACAAGAGUGUAUUUCGUUAUGGAGUAUGUCAGUGGUGGUGACCUGAUGUUGCACAUCCAACGUGGUUCAUUUGGAACUAAGCGCGCCCAAUUCUAUGCUGCCGAAGUUUGCCUCGCACUGAAGUACUUUCAUGAGAACGGUGUUAUAUAUCGAGAUCUCAAGCUUGACAACAUCCUAUUGACUCUUGACGGUCAUAUCAAGAUUGCAGAUUACGGUUUGUGCAAAGAAGACAUGUGGUUUGGUUCUACCACUGGCACGUUUUGCGGAACACCAGAGUUCAUGGCACCAGAAGUAUGUCAGUUGUCGUUGCUAUCAGAUAUUUGCUAAUAGUGUUCCAGAUCUUGCUGGACAAGAAGUAUGGGCGGGCUGUUGACUGGUGGGCAUUUGGUGUUUUGAUCUACCAGAUGCUUCUCCAACAAUCCCCGUUCAGAGGAGAGGAUGAAGAUGAAAUUUAUGACGCUAUUCUUGCAGACGAACCGUUGUAUCCUAUCCAUAUGCCUCGGGAUUCUGUAUCGAUACUCCAAAAGCUGUUGACACGCGAACCAGAUCAACGACUUGGUAGUGGGCCCACGGACGCCCAGGAGAUCAUGAAUCAGCCAUUCUUCCGCAACACCAACUGGGAUGACAUCUACCACAAGCGUGUUGCGCCGCCUUUCCUGCCGCAGAUCAAGAACGCGACGGAUACCAGCAACUUCGACUCGGAAUUCACUAGCGUGACUCCCGUGCUGACCCCA